AAUACCCGCCUUCUCUCCGCUAUACUUCAUCAUUUUCGAAGUCUCUGCAUAUUCUAACGCAUUUCAAACCCCGAACAAGCACCUGCUACUGCAUUCACUCUUUUGAACUCUACUGUUAAUGGCGGACGUUCACAUGGGGGAAAGCGAGACCUUCGCCUUCCAGGCGGAGAUCAACCAGCUCCUCAGCCUCAUCAUCAACACUUUCUACAGCAAUAAGGAGAUUUUCCUUCGCGAACUAAUCAGCAACGCCUCUGACGCAUUGGAUAAAAUACGUUUCGAAAGCUUGACGGACAAGAGCAAGCUCGAUGCUCAGCCCGAGCUAUUUAUUAGGAUUUUGCCUGAUAAGGUUAAUAAAACACUAGCUAUCAUUGACAGUGGUGUUGGAAUGACUAAAGCAGAUCUGGUGAACAAUUUGGGAACUAUUGCAAGGUCUGGAACUAAGGAGUUUAUGGAGGCAUUGCAGGCGGGAGCAGAUGUUAGUAUGAUUGGACAGUUUGGUGUAGGUUUCUACUCUGCCUAUCUGGUGGCAGAGAAGGUGGUCGUCACAACUAAGCACAAUGAUGAUGAGCAGUAUGUGUGGGAGUCUCAGGCUGGUGGAUCAUUCACUGUUACAAGGGAUGUAAAUGGAGAACCACUUGGAAGGGGAACUAAGAUAACCCUCUUCCUCAAGGAUGAUCAGCUGGAAUACUUGGAAGAGAGGAGGAUAAAGGACCUUGUGAAGAAGCAUUCCGAGUUCAUUAGCUACCCAAUUUACCUCUGGACUGAGAAAACUACUGAAAAAGAGAUCAGUGAUGAUGAAGAUGAGGAGGACAAGAAAGAAGAGGGUGAUGUAGAGGAUGUGGAUGAAAAUAAAGACAAAAAGAAGAAGAAAAAGAUCAAGGAGGUGACCCAUGAGUGGCAGCUGAUUAACAAACAAAAACCUAUCUGGCUGCGCAAGCCUGAAGAAAUUGCCAAAGAGGAGUAUUGCUCGUUCUACAAGAGUCUAACUAAUGAUUGGGAGGACCCCCUUCACUGGAAACAUUUCUCUGUUGAGGGUCAGCUUGAGUUCAAGGCCAUCCUUUUUGUGCCAAAGAGGGCUCCAUUUGAUCUCUUUGACACAAAGAAAAAGUUGAAUAACAUUAAGCUUUAUGUGAGGAGGGUCUUCAUCAUGGAUAACUGUGAGGAGCUGAUCCCUGAGUACCUUGGGUUUAUUAAAGGUGUGGUGGACUCUGAUGAUCUUCCCCUCAACAUUUCCCGUGAAAUGCUCCAACAAAACAAAAUUUUGAAGGUCAUUAGGAAGAAUAUUGUGAAGAAGUGCAUUGAGAUGUUCUUUGAAAUUGCUGAGAACAAAGAGGACUACAUCAAAUUCUAUGAAGCCUUCUCAAAGAACCUGAAAUUGGGUAUCCACGAAGAUAGCCAGAACAGGGCUAAGAUUGCAGAUCUUCUGAGAUAUUACUCUACGAAAAGUGGUGAUGAAAUGACAAGCUUGAAGGAUUAUGUAACAAGGAUGAAGGAGGGACAGAAGGAUAUCUAUUAUAUAACUGGUGAGAGCAAGAAAGCUGUAGAGAACUCUCCAUUCCUGGAGAGGCUAAAGAAGAAAGGGUAUGAAGUGCUUUUUAUGGUGGAUGCAAUCGAUGAAUACGCUGUUGGGCAGUUGAAAGAAUUCGAUGGGAAGAAGUUGGUUGCUGCAACCAAGGAAGGGUUGAAACUUGAAGAGACAGAAGAGGAGAAACAGAAAAAGGAAGAAAAGAAGAAAUCAUUUGAAAACCUGUGUAAAGUCAUAAAGGAUAUACUAGGAGACAAGGUUGAGAAAGUGGUAGUUUCUGACAGGAUUGUGGACUCUCCCUGUGUCCUGGUGACUGGGGAGUAUGGGUGGACGGCCAACAUGGAGAGGAUCAUGAAAGCUCAAGCAUUAAGGGAUAGUAGCAUGGGUGCUUACAUGUCGAGCAAGAAGACUAUGGAGAUCAACCCAGACAACGGCAUCAUGGAGGAGCUUAGAAAGAGGGCUGAGGUUGAUAAGAAUGAUAAAUCUGUGAAGGACUUGGUCCUGCUUCUGUUUGAGACUGCUCUCUUGACUUCUGGGUUCAGCCUUGAUGACCCCAACACCUUCGCUGGAAGGAUCCACAGGAUGUUGAAGCUUGGGCUGAGCAUCGAUGACUAUGAGGAUGAGACUGCCGGAGAAGACACUGAGAUGCCUGCACUGGAGGAAAGCAAUGAGGAGAGCAAGAUGGAGGAAGUCGACUGAGGCAGAUCGAGUCUCUGCUGAAUUGUCAACCAAGUGAUGAAGUCCUAUGAGUGACAUGAACAUACUAGUAUAUAUAGUACGAAGCAUUACCUUUUUCCAUGUUUGUAACGAGUCUGUUUCUGUGAGUUGACAUCGUUCUGAAAUAUACGUACUAAAUAAUAGUUCUGGAGUCUGGACUAUUAUACACCAUCACUCUAUUCGUUGAGG